AUUAUGUUUACGUUUGGCGUGACACUCAUUAGACAUGGUGAAACUCAAUACAACAAAGACAAACUGCUGCAAGGUCAAGGUAUUGAUACUUCCUUGUCAGAAACAGGACUACGGCAGGCGGAAGCGGCAGGCCAGUACCUGCAAGACCUUCGCUUCAGCAAUGUGUUUGUCAGCAAUCUGCAGAGAGCCAUUCAGACUGCUGAGAUCAUCUUGAAGAACAACUUGCACUCUGCUGACGUUGAGAUGGUGUUGGAUCCUCUGCUCAGAGAGAGGGGCUUCGGCGUGGCUGAAGGGCGGCCCAAAGAAGACCUGAAAAACAUGGCGAACGCAGCAGGCCAGGCUUGUAGGGAUUUCACACCACCGGGUGGAGAAACUCUGGAGCAGGUAAAGACACGUUUUCGCAAGUUCCUCAGGUCCAUGUUCCAGCGCAUGCUGGCUGAUCACUGUCCCAGUAUGUGUCCCAGUUUUAGCCCAGAGCUUCCAGAAUCACUCCUGCCAACAGUGGCAGGACUCGCCAAUGAUGGGGUUGAGAACUUGCCCACCCACGCGUUAGUGGUGAGUCACGGUGCAUUUAUCCGUGUGGCAGUGCGUCACCUGGUGGAUAGUCUGCACUGCAGCCUGCCCGAGGGGCUGAAGAUGAGCCAGGUGUAUUCAGCCUGCCCCAACACAGGCAUCUGCAGGUUUGUCAUCACCCUUCGUAUGGAAGAGAACGUCCCAAGACCUGUUGCAAUCCACUGUAUCUUCAUCAACAGGAAAGAUCACCUCGCCAGCCUCAAAGAUUAGGGCUAGAGUGACAACUGCACAGACUUCAGAAACGCACUAACUUUCCGGUCAUUUAAAACUCUAAGGACAAGCCCUCUCCUCGCUAACUGCAGCAAUGUCAGGAGAGAGAAGAUUUCUAAGCAUGUUAUCCGUCUCAUAUUGUAUUCUUCUAUUUAUGGUCCUGAGAUUUCUGUCAUAAAAUGUGUACCAACUGAUUUCUACUGUAAUGUGAAACAACAGUAUUCAACUGAAACACUAUUUAUUAGGGUAGUAUUAUGUUAUAUUUAUAAACUGUACUAUUAAGGAUCAUUUUAAAGUCUGAUCCCUGACCAGCUUUGAUUUUUCUGGUGGACUGAAAGGAUGCACUUUUUAUGCAAUGCAGAGAAUUUUUUUCUCGCAAUGAAAAAACAAAUGAUGUGUUAAAUGAUUU